AGGGUUGGCAGCCAUGGGUACCUGAGGGCGGCGUGUCCGCUGGGAUGCUGAGCUGGGUAGCUGACCCCACAGUGUGUUACUGAUCCGCCCUUCACACCACACACUGUGGCAAGGCGACCCACACAGGGACAUCUCACGCGUCCGUAUGUUGCUCAUAUCUUGAGGGAGCGUGAGGGAGGAGGCAGGUGAUGAUGGAGGUGGUGGAGAUUCUGGUGGCUGUGGCCAUUGGGGUGUUGGCUGCCGUGUUCUUGGGUUCCCUGGCCGCUCUCGCCCUCGUGUGUUACCGUCGGGCACUGCACGCCAAACACCACCUUUUCUACAGCCAGGAUAUAAGGCCAGAGGUGCUGAUGAACAGUGGCGAAUUGUGGAGUGAGUUAGAGCUUGAUGAUGUUCGCCUCGCACCACAGAUAGACAAAAUACUUAAUGACACACAGUGGGUUGACGAUGCUACAGGUCUGAUCCCUCACUGCCUGGCCAUCCUCAAGCUUUGCCACCAGAUGACUGAGAGACUCGUGGCCACUACUAUGACGCCCAUACAGAAGGAACGACUCCAUGAUAUUAUUGAGGUAACGAGGCGACUGUCACCAAGGAUUGAUGACGUGGCACGAGCUAUGUAUCCUCCCCUGGACCCAAGACUCCUCGAGGCUCGGUGUUCAGCUCUCAUACUCACCCUAACACUGCUGGCCUGGCACGCUCGUUACUCCACCUCCAACUCCACUGUGACACUCAUCAACGAGGCUCUCAAGGACAUGGACCGCCACCUCACUGUGUUGCGUGAGGCAGCCAUGGCUCACGAGACCUUCCGAGGCAUCUUCGCAGAGGACGUGUCUUGUGACGCUGCUGAGUGAUGAAGUCAUCUUCUCUACCACCUGGCCAGCCUCGCCUACUGCUGUUGAGGUUCACUUGGCAGUUACAAUGUGAACUAGACUCUGGCAGAUACAGUGUAGACUAGACUGGCAGACACAGUGUGGACUAGACUCUGGCAGACAUAUUGUGGGCGAGACCUUGACAGACAAUGUGGACUAGACUGGCAUAUACAGUGUGGACCAGACUCUGGCAUUCAUAGUGUGGACUAGACUCUGGCAGACAUAAUAUUGACGAAACUCUGGCAGACAUAAUGUAGACUAGACUCUGGCAGACGCAAUAAGGAUUAGAAUGGCAGAUAUAAUGUGGACUAGACCUUUGUAGACACAUAAUGGAGCACAGAAGCCACCCUUACCUGGAUAGUUACUCAAAGGUGUUACCUGAACGCAGUAACAACCAGGAAUCACCCAUAUCUCAGACGGCACCUGAUUGCAUACAGGAACUACUGGCUACUAAACAUUCCUUUACUAUGGUUGUCUUUAAAUAUUGACCAGUCAUAUAUCAUGCCUAGUUGGUCACAUGAGGUAGGGUAGGAGACAACCUCCCUUAAUAAUGUAGAUAUUAGUCUCUCCACAUUCCCGGAAGGACAUGAACAUACUGUAUUCAUAAUUGAAAUUCUCGUCUCAGAGUAAUUUUCACAUAUUAAUCCACCAUAGAACGUGAUAGUGUACUGUAUAUGACUGUUAACAUUAUAAAAAAAGGAAAAUCAUUUAUUCAUUUCUAUAUUUUACAGUUUAAUAUUAAACUUUUGUGUGUUGGGUGUUGUGUUCAUUAAGAAUUAUAACGAGAACAUUAAGUCUGUGAUCUAUGCAUAAAUUUUAGGUUAUAUAUUAUGACAUAAUAUUGUAUUAUAGGAAGGGCAGCAAGUGAUGGUUGAUCUUCCCUGGCUGCCUGCCCACAAUCUCUUCUUCACUUAUGAGAGCAAUCGUGUAUUUCUAAAUUCCAUAAAAUCUUACAGAAUCUUUUCUUACUUUGUGAGUACAGUACUGUACUUUGAUCCACCAUAUUGAGGCACCUCAUAGUGUACAGUACAGUAGGUGGUGGUCCUCACAUCACACUGUGUUCACCUCACCACCCAAUGUUUUAAAUAUUGAUCUUCAACGUGGAAGAUGUAGUAAAACUUAUUAAAUAAAUUGUUUCAUUUUC